AUGGAGAAUCGUGUGGUGGCCCUCGCUGUGCUGGAGAACCUGAUCCAUUGGCCGUUGCCGCACCGCAGCGGUUACGUGGCCCCGAGCAGCGUGUCCGACGACGGAGGAGAAGAAGACACCUUCAACGCCAACGCCAUCUCCGCCGGAGAUGUCGAUGACCUCCUGCGUGAGCCGCGGCAGCGAAAGCUGGACCGCUACCGCGCUGUCCUGCUUCUACCGCUCCUGUGUCACAAGCUCGGCAGCCGCUGGGUGGAGUCGGAGGUAGUGCCUUAUCUUCUCCGCUGUCUCGAGGAGGAGGAUGCGCAGCUAUCGCUGGUGACGGGGUUGGCGUUGCUGGGCGUGACGCUGCCACGGCGUGGUCCUCUCGGCCCGUCUGCCACCGCCGCGACCGCGAGCCCGACGUCCACGAUGGUCAAGACAACGCGCACCGCUGCGUCUACGCCUGCGCCGGCAGGGGUGACGACUCCUCCGCCCACGACAGCAGGAGGAGGUAGCGGUCACAGCAGUCCGACAACACCAACCGCAACGGUCAGCAGCUCCAACGCGUACCUCAGCCUCAACGACGUCCAGCCGGUCUGUGCCCUCCUCGCCGCCAGCAGCACAGAGGAGACGCGUGCCUUUGCCGCGCAGGUCGUCCUUCCGCACCUGUACUUCGGCACGAGUCUCGAGCGUGAUAUCACGCUCGAGAGCUGGGAUUUGAAGUUUGUGCCGCUGUCGGUGCUGCACGCUGACAUGAUCGCCUCGAACAGCGGUGAGGCGGGCGAGGACGAUGGCAGCCCUGCCGCAGCAGCAGCAGCCGCGCGGGCGGAGGCGGGGGACGACGGAACCGCCACACUGCGGUUUGUAGCCGCGGUCCGCCAGCAACUCGCGCGUCAACGUCAGCAGGACGACGUUCGCAAAGGGCAGUGGCAGCAGAGGUCGAAGAACACCAGCAGCGCCACUACUAGUAAUAGUAACACAGGGGAGAGCGGCGCAAGCUCGUCGAACGACGUCGGCUCGAACAGCGCGUCGUUUCCGAAGCUGAAAGUGGAAGACGUGGCGGCCACAUCAGCGGGCGGGUCCCUGCGAUUGCUGCCGGCGAUUCCCACCGACGAGGAGGUGCGGAGGCGCUGUCAGGCCCUCGCAGCAGAGGACGAGAGCAUGCAGUUCUUGUUCAACGGGACCUACGACACCCUCACCGGUCCGUGGGGCUUCAGCGGAUGUCGUCUUGCCGUUCUUGGUCACGGUGCUACACCUCUUCACCCCUCCUCCGACAAUCGCAGGAACAGCACAAACGGCGGUGGCAGUAGCAGCAGAGAACGCGGAGCAGCGACAUUGAUAAGUGCUGGCGGUGGUUUUCGCAGCUUCCGUCCCCAUGAACGCCGGGUCAGCGGGAGUCAGAGCCUCCGCGGUGCCCCACCCCGCUCUCAGCGCCCUCUGUCCGAAGCGGACUGGGAGCUCUACGGUGCCUGCUACGCCGCGGAUACCGGCAACAACGGCGCCAACAGCAACGGCUCCGGAAUCGCGGAUCCCGGCGAUGACUUCUUCUCGGUUAACGUACGGGCCCGUGCGUUGGUCGGAGACCUCACGCGGUGGAUGGAGGCGCUGACGCCGCCGGAGCAGGAGGAGGCCGACGCGUCGCCGGCAACUCCCACCACUCCGUCGUCACAGCUGUUUUUCUCCGGGCAGACGAUACUGUCCCUCUACGAUUACGUCGCCCACGACGCCCGUCGCGAGGUUUUGCGGAGUCGCUGGCGGGCGCUGCUGCGGCUUCUGCAGAGCCUGCUAGAGUCUCCGUAUCCGGGGCCGGUGGCCGUGGCAGUGGAGCUCAUCAGUGCGCUACUGCACGCGCUGCAGUUCGUCGCGGCAGAAGUGGCGUCCUACCUUCAGCGCGGACUGAACGACAAGGGGCCGGCACCCUUUGUGAAUGCCGAGGCAACCGCCGUUUCGACUACGACGACCAGUGAAGCGAGCUUCUUUGAGAAGGGCGACGCAGAUUCCUUGCUGUGGGGCAUUGCUGUCCCCGCCAGUCCCCUUCUCACCACCGCCCAGCUGCAGUCCUUCCUGUAUCGCACCACACGGCGCCACAUCGCGUACUGCGUCGCAGCUGCCUUGACGGUGCGCAAGAUCAGUGUGCCGCCGUCGUUGCAGUCCAACUCUGUGAGAGCUAGUAAUAGUGCUGCGGGUGCAGCGUCAUGGCGAGCACCAACAGAAGCCCUUGCCCGGCUGCUCCGUGCGACCCUCCCUGUUGCCCAGAAUACCCUGACAGAGCUGCUUCUGCGUCAUCACCUCAUAAUGAAGCUGAGCGCACCGCCGGAGGCAAGUCUGAGUGCGAGGGAGGCACGUAGCAGCAGCGGUGCCUGUGAGGUGUUGCAGAUGGGUCCGGGUCCGUGCGAGUCGAGGGCGGCCGCGCUGCGUGCGUGGGACCUUAGUUUUUCGCCCUCCUCCGCGCACGCCGGGCCGUGCGCCAUGCCGGACGACGCCUCGUUUCUGUUGAGCACCGCCGCGGCGGCGGGGGAUGCGUCCUCCUCCACCCCGACGCGGACGGAGAGUGCUGUGUUGGAUCGCUCGCUGUGGCUGCCCGGCACCCUCAACUCCUUUUCCAUCUUUCGCUUGCAUCGCGUAAUUCGGCGGGCGGUGCUGCUGGCCCUGCCGCUCUGUGUGGACCUCCUCUCCCUGUUCAGCCCAACGGCCUCUCCCCGCACUGCCGCAGGUGCCGCCACCACGCCGACGGUCUUUUCUCUCCGUGCGGUGUGUCCCAUGCUUCUUCAGGUGUUGGUCCCGCCCGGUGCCCUGCCCGCACUUCUGCGUGUCCUGCACGCAGCCGCGACGCUACCCGACGAGGCGGCGCCGCGUCCGCAGCACGUCGACCCCUCGAUGGAUUCGGCGCCGGCCCUCGCAGCGGCCUUCCCGUUGCUCUGGUCCGCCAUGACCGCCCCGCAGAGCGUCUUCGGCGCCGCAGCGGCGGAGCAGGCGCAGGAGACGCCCGCGUCGGUGGACUUUGAGCUGCUGGAGGCAGCCUUGGAUUCCGUGCAGCGCCUCGUCGCAGAGGUGGCGGUGCAGCUCUCCUCCACCUCCACCGCUUUCUCUGUGUCCGCCGCCGCCGCCGUAGCGGCUUUACCAGUGGCGGCAAUGCACUCUGUCUGCGCACAGCUCUUCACCCUUGUGGCCGCCUGUGUGCGGUGGGUGCCGCGGUACACCCACUGGAAGGCGCGGUGGCUGAUGGCGCAGAAGCUGCCAAGGCUGACCUCCACUUUCUGUUUCGUGUUGACUUCAGUGGCAGACCUGGUGAAGGAGAAGGUGGCGGAUGCGACCGGCCGUGACGACGGCUCUGCUGCGACUUCUUUUCAGGAGGUGGCGGUUGUGUGGAUGCACUGCGCCCUGCAGCUGCUCGCCUCUGUUUGGUCCUGCGCAGAGACGUUCGGUGCGGCCCCGCUGAACGACCUGACCGACGACGAAGAAAUGGAGGUGCGCUGCGUCGCCGUUCGUAGUGCCGCCUUCACCUUCCGGCGGGUGGUGGAGGCCGUCCUGCGCAUCAGCGCGAACAGGCACCUGUCCUCUUCAGCUGACGCUGCGUCCGCUUCGGUGUUGCUGGUGCUGCUGCCCUCGUUGAAGACGCCGCUCACGCAGCUGCUCGAUGCGACAGCACAGUGCGCUCUCGUCGGGGCGAACGAUGCCGAUCCGCGUGUGCGGUGUGGCGCGGCAGAGGCACUCGCGGUGCUGUCACGCACACUAAGCAUGCUUGUCGCCGCGGCGGACGAGCGGGGGGCCGCCCUUGUGGUGCCGCGCUGCACGACCGACGACGGCCGAAGCAGCGAGGAGGCGUUGUGGACGCGUUACCUCCGCACCAACACGGAGGCCCUCCUGCGUUUGAUGAGUGAUGAGAAGCCCACGGUGCAGCUGGCCCUCGUCUCGCAGCUGACGGAUCUCCUGCUCCUGCGCAUGCGGCAGCAGCAGCAGCCCUCUCAUGGGACCACGGCUGCGAACGGAGGCACCACAAACACCAACAGUCUCACAGGCAGCUGUGGUGGUGUGGACGGCCACGGUGGCAACGACAGCGACAAUGGAGAACUGCAGCGCAGCACUGAUCAGGUGCAACACGAGGCCCUCCUGCAGUGCCUUCGCCAACUCGCUCACCACGAGCUGUGGCGUCUGCGGGAGCAGUACGCCGUCUUGCUGGCGCAUUUGUGCGAACGACUUCUGCAGGCAGCCAUGACGAUUCAGCCACGAAAAGUCUGGGGGCGACGACUGUCUGUCGAUGAUACGGCGGCUGCUGUGUCGACGACGGGUAGAGCCGCAGGAAGGGAUGCGAUUACAGCAGCCUCAACAAAUGGGGAUGGGAGUGCGUCAGCGGAGGCGGAGACCUCUCCGUACGGCCACACCCACCCCCUCUACCAACUCGCCCGCACGGAGCUGUUAACGCUGCUGGUGGCUGUCUUGUUUGACAAGGUAAAGGCGGUGCGCGACGCUGCCCUCGACGCGGUGGAAGGGAUGUGCCUGCAGCUGGCCGCGGCGACCCGACAGAGCAACACGUUCCUUCAGCAAGAUGCGCGAUCGUCGCCUUCCGGACUGGCGAGUCACGUGAACGGCGGGGCAGCGGGCAUGGGACGCAACCUCGGAUCCGCCAUCGGCGCCACCGCCUCCCCCACCGCCGCCGCCGCGACCUUCCAGAACAGGGGCAGCAGCAGCGGUAAUAACAACAGCGGCGGCGGCGCCUACGACCUCAACACCUUUGUGGACAACGUGCUGUGGCCGCGUAUCAACGCGUACGCGAAGGCGUGGGAAACCUACCUGAGUCGGAGUGCGCUGCUGCACAUCGCGCUGCGGCUGCGCGUGGAGAAGACGUCGGUGUUCAUUCCCCUCCUCGAUCAACUGGCGCGAGAUCCGGUCCUUAACGUGCGCUUGGUGGUGGCGAAAAUUAUUCUAGAGGUGCUACUGCGCAGUGGCAGCAGUGGCGCCCCCGACGUGUACGCAAGGACGACGACGUCGGUGCCGGGCAGAGAUGGGGAGGCGGCAGAGGAUGGUAGUGGCGGGGCGGCGGGUACGGACGAGGCCGCCACCGCUGCUUCUCUCACGCCGGAGCUGCCCUCUGGCACCGUCGCCUAUCGCAUCCUCAUGAACAAGACGGCGUUGUCUGGGUCCGGUGUAGGGGCGGUGCUGCCGCCUCUGCAGUUCACGGAGGAGGAGCGGACAGGGGUGAUCUUGCAGAUUCUGCGGCAGUUGUUGAAGGACGCGAGCUCCGACGUGCGCGACGAGGCGGCGAAGGCGCUGAAGGUGUGCUUUUAA